AGAAUGUAGAUGUCACGGACAAGAUGGUUCCACCGGUGCAGGUCUCUCCGCUCAUCAAGCUUGGCCGCUACUCCGCCCUGUUCCUCGGCGUGGCUUAUGGAGCCAAGCGCUACAGCUACCUGAAGCCCAGGGCAGAGGAGGAGCGGAGGGUGGCGGCGGAGGAGAAGAAGCAGCAGGAUGAGCUGAAGCGGAGAGAGAGAGAGCUGGCAGAAGCCCGUGACGACAGCAUACUCAAGUGAGCCCACCUGCCCCUUCGCCCGUCGCCUCGCCUGUCGCUUCCGCUGAAUGAAGCUCCUUGUUGCCAGAAAAAAAAAAAAAAUAAA